AUGCCACAACAUCCUGGCCUGCCGCCAGGUCAUCCAAUGGCCCCAGGACAACAUCCUAACGCUCAUCCUGGUGCCGGGAUGGUGCAAGCGGUGCACCCGGGCGUUUCGGCGCCAGGAGGGCCUCAAGUCACUCAAGGAGGACAGAUGAUGGGAAUGCCUCCAGGCGCUGGAACGACAGGCCCUGGUGGUCCUGUCCAGGCUCAUGCACUUUCUCAUCUGGGGCCUGCGCAGGCGCAUCUGUUCCAACAACCGCAAUUUGCUCAAACAUUUGCCAAUAACCCUCAAUUGCUACAACAACACCAGCACCAACAACAGAUCCUUCGACAGCGCAUGAUGUUUCAGCAGCAGCAAGCAGCUCAGCAACAGCAGCAUGCAGGUCUCCCAGUGUCAUUACCCAAUGGCACUCAGGGUUUAAACGCUGCUCAAUUAGCCGCCAUGCAAGCGAAUUCGGGAAUGCGACCGGUAAAUCUACAAAUGCACCUUCAACAAAUGCCUCAUGGCCCUCAGAACAUUCAGCAACAGCAGCAACAGCUCUUUGCUAUGCAGCAGGCUCAACAAGCGCAACAAGCACACCAGGCGCAGCAAGCUCAACAAGCCCAGCAAGCCCAGCAAGCUCAACAAGCCGCCGCCGCCGCCGCCGCAGCAGCGGCGCAACCCGGUCAGCAUACACCGCAGCAGCGUCAUGCGGCACAUCCCCAGAAUAUGCAUGAUGCUCAAAGUGUAACACCUCAGCCGCAACCUCCACCACAUCAAGGAAGCAGCACGCCUCAGUCGAACCCUCCUCAACCUCACUCCAGUCAGCCUCAGCAGCAGCCAGGUGCUGCUCCCCAACCGCAUCCGACACCAAACCCGGCCCCGCAACAGUUGCCGCAGGCUCAGCAACACGGCCAGCAGCCCCAACAGCAGCAGCAACCACUGCAACAGCAGCCCCAGCAACAACAAUCACAACAGGGACAACCGCAAGGCCAGCAGCAACAAAUGACUCCACAGGAGGCUCAAAUGAAGGCCCAGCAGACUCAGAAUCAAGCCGCCAUGAUGAUGCAGCAGAGGAUGAGCAUGAAAGGCACUUCGAUUCUGGCCUUGCUCACUUUUGCGGAGCAUCUGAGUAACUUUAGCAGUCGCGGCGAAGCCCAGGAUUUGCUGUAUUGGCAAGCAUUUGUCGAUAAAUUCUAUUCUCCGGUUGGCGUUCUCCGACAAGGGGUGUACAAUCCCCAAGCGGGUUCGAAACAAUUCGAGAUCUCGACGCCGGCCCUAGCACGGUAUUAUCUGACUCAAUUUACGAGUGGAAUCCGUCAGAUUCAGAUGCUGGUUGAAGGUGCGCGCGAGAGAGAUUCGCCCAAUGGUGGUCGCAUUGUGGAGAGUCGCAGGACGUCGUUUAUCUACUGGUUCACCAAUGAUUCUCAGCUAUUCACCAAUGGGACACUUAUCGCUCACUUCGAUCACAAUAACAAGAUUGAGAUGCUUGACAUUGUUGUGAUGAAUCAUACCGAGUAUCUUCCACGGAGCCAGCUACAGGCGCUGGAGUUGUCAGAGCAGAGACAGAGCCCGAAAGUCUCCAAGAAUAUGGGCAAACGGGCUCAGCAGAAGCAGGCCCAGCAAGCCCCACCGUCUCUGCCAGAGUCUAUGGUGACGGCAAAUGGGGUGCCAACGGCGGUCAUGAGUUUCUUAGAAGUGGCGGAGACCAUCUCGCAUAUGCAGAUGCUGUUCCAAUUCUCCCAGCAAAACCCGCAAUUUUCGCCUCCUGAAGCACUACGGAAUCUGGUGAACACGCUGCAGAGCCAAAAUCCCAAUCCGGGGUUCAUGCCCAGCCCCAUGAAUCCGGCAAUGCAGCAAGGCCAGAAUCUACGAGGACCCCAAAUGAACGGACCCAAUCAGUUCGCAUCCCCAGCAAUGGCUCAUCUCGGGUUGCCCGCUCAAGGCUCUCCUCACCUCUCGGCCCACCCGAGUCCGGCCCAGAGCCAUCUCGCCGGCCCUCCUGGCAUGGUACAACAAGGGCAGAUGCAGCCCAACGUUGGCCAGGCCACCAGUGCUAGUGCCAGCCCGCAAGUGACCAACAAGCGUCGACGGGCCAGUACCGUCAAGGUGGAGAACGACGAUACUGGUGGUCCCGAAGUUAAUGGAACUGCUCCCCAAGGUGCGGCCAAAGUUAAAGCCAGUCCUCGGGUCGGCGGGAAAAGACAGAAGGGUACUGCGUAA